AUGGGUGUCUUCGGGGGGCGUGACGAGUUGACUCUACCCCUUCGGUUUCGACGCGAGACCCGUGUCUCAGCCCUCGAUUAUGGCGACGUGGAGGAGCAUGAUGGGCAUGAGGACGGCCAUACAAGCGUGCCGCAUCGUGGACCGCGCGACGGCCAGGGCGACAUGUUUGAGGAUGAUGCAGACGAGGAGCACAACGUUGAAAGCCGAGCCGACACGGAAGACCGAAGCACUAACCACGCGGGUCCUGGAGGAACGAGCGAGUACAUGGGCCACGGGUUCACAGGCCGUCUGCAGAAUCCUGCAGGCGACCUGGCGCACUCGCCUCGACAAGGGGCCGGCCCUCUCAUUAUCCUGGUACUACUGACAGCUGCGUUCUUCACGCAGGCACCCGUCGCACUGAGCUGGCUUCCUCGACUCGUCUUCUGCUCCUUCUCUUCCUCAUUCUUCCGAAUCAAGUUUCCGAGUCGCACGAGGAAGCUUCUAGCGAAACGCCUCAUAGAUACGGACGUAUCAGAACAGAUGUGA